AGUUGCUCUUGGAAUCCCAACUGAGACGCAUUGUUUUAAAGAUCAACUAAAUAAUUUAUUUAAAAACAAAAAAAAAAACAAUGCGUUCCGCGGGUCCCUCAGCCUUUGUGGCUGUGAUUCUUAUGCACAGCUUUCUCGUUUCCGCAACGAUUCCUGAGGAAGUAGCAGGGAUCAAAUGCAAGCUUCACCCUACAAACUUGUGCGACACUCUGAGAAUUCAGCCCGAUCAGCUAACCUGCACCACCUGCAACCUGCUCAUGCUGGCUUAUAAGAAAGAGUUUGACUCCACCACCCGGGCGGACAUGAUUGAAAAACUGCUGCACACCUGCUACAGCCUUCACAGCCUGUCGGACACCUGCGCCAACAUUGUCUCCAACUACUUUGAUGACUUCUAUGAGCUGGCAAAGCAGCAUCUUCAGUCGAACGACAUUUGCCAAGUCGUAAGCAUGUGUGCGAAUGCCGAGAGUACACCAGAGGCGUUGGCUCCUCCAGCGAUCAAAAGCGAUCAGUUCUACUGUGGCCAGUGCAAGCAAUUGGUGCAACAUUUGCGUGAAUCCCUGUUGCACAAUACAACUGAGGCGCAGUUUAGGCAAAAGCUGGAUGGUUACUGCAAAAAAACGCGCGGCUUCAAGAACGAGUGUCUGACGGUUGUAGAUCAGUUCUAUCAUAUUAUCUACAGUAUCUUGAAAAGUAAACUGGAUGCCGAUAGCGUUUGCUCGUUCAUCAAUGUCUGCCACGAGCAUAAGAAACUGCAGGAGGAAACAGAAAGUCUGCAACUAAUUGACACCAACGACGAAUUGGAAUCCAGUAUUGAGCCGCAACUACCCCAGUGUUUCGCAUGCAAAAGUGCUUUUAGGAUUGUCAAGAAACUGAUUCGUUCCAACAUCAGCAAUGAGAAGCUCAAGAACGCCAUGAAUCAAGCCUGCAACAAGGUGGGAAAACUGUCAAACAAAUGUCACGGAGUGAUCGACAGGCACGGAGAUCAAAUGGCACGCUUUGCAAGGAAUCCCAGAGUAAUAUGCGCCCUGAUAGGCAUGUGUUUUCCUAUUGGACAACAAGAUAUCCAACUAGCACCAGUCGAAUUGGAAGUCGAGCUUUUAGUUGGCGAUGCCAAUAAGAGCGAGCAGCUGCAAUUGACCGCUGAUAUUGAGGACAAGCAAUCGAUUAAUUGUCAGCUCUGCAAAAAGGUGUUCAAGACUCUGCAUAAAAUGGUUGAGCAUCAUCAGGAUAUCAAACUGGCCAUGGAUCGCGUGUGUCACGUGCUAAAGGAACAGAAUCUGAUGAAUGAAUGCCAGAAUAUUAUAAAGCAGCACGCCGAUAUGAUCAUUGAUCUAAUAAAAAAGAAUGUGCCACGCCAGCAAAUAUGCAGAGCCCUUAACAAGUGCCUCAUAUACGAGACAGAGGACCUUUUUGAUAUUCAAGAGCAACUAGACGAUCAUUACCAGCUCGAAAUCGACGAUGAGCAGCAUGAUCUGUUCGCACUCGAAGAACCUUUAACAGCCGUUGAACUUAUAUCCAAAGGCUCGCCCAAAUGUGCUGUUUGCAAGACGGCAAUUAAGGCCUUGCAGCAUAUGGUGCAUCACCAUGAGGACAAGGGUGAAAUCACAAAGGCUUUGGGCCAUGUUUGUCACAGGAUGGGAAAACUGCAACAUGCCUGCGAAAGUGUGGUCAACAAUCAUGGCGCUCAGAUAGUCGAUCUUAUGACGAAGCAUAUGUCAGCUGAAUUAAUCUGCAAGGCGAUCCACGUGUGCCACUUCUCGGCAACCGAAGAGGAUUAUGUAAUUGAUGAGACAGUGGAAGAGGAAGAGGUGAUUCCGUCAGAGCUGGAGGAACCCCAGCUAGCUACUAAUGUUGGCUUUAAAGGAUCGCCCAAAUGCGCCCUCUGCAGAGCUACGAUGAAAGCUUUGCAACAUAUAAUACGCAAAGGUGGAGAUAGUGGUAGUAUUGAGAAAGCUUUACAGAAAGUCUGCCAUACGAUGGGAAAACUCAAGGGCAGAUGCACGAAAAUGGUGCAAAAACACGGCCAUAAAAUUGUUGAUCUAAUGACAAAGAAGACGGCGGGCCACAAGAUAUGCACGUUGAUUGGCAUGUGCCAUAAGUCUGUCUCAGUAGAAGAUUUGGAAGCUGACAAUGAGGAACAGAUAGAAUACUUCGAGAAUUUUGAUAUCCUCGAUGCGCUCCUCAAAGAGGAGACGGAUCUGUCCCCUCUGGAAGUAUCCAAAGGCUCGCCCAAAUGUGCUGUUUGCAAGACGGCAAUUAAGGCCUUGCAGCAUAUGGUGCAACACCAUGAGGACAAAGGUGAAAUCACGAAGGCCUUGGGCCAUGUUUGUCACAGGAUGGGAAAACUGCAACAUGCCUGCGAAAGUGUGGUCAACAAUCAUGGCGCUCAGAUAGUCGAUCUCAUGGCAAAACAUAUGUCAGCUGAAUUAAUCUGCAAGGCGAUCCACGUGUGCCACCUCUCGACUGCAAGAGACGAAGAUUCUGAAAUUGCUGAGACAAUGCUCGAGGAACAAAUCGAUCAGUCCGAGGCCUUGGAAUUGGUUCAGUUAGCCGAGGGCCCCGUCUGCAUAUUUUGCGAGCUGUUCAUAUCCAAGUUUAAGACAAGCGUGAAUUCCAAGGAGAAGCAGACUCAUUUCAUAAAGGAAAUUCUGACCAGCUGCGAUCAACUGCCCUCUAUGUUCCGUAAAGAAUGCCAUGACAUCGCCGUACGUUUUGGCCCAUUAGCUUUGGAUAUGUUGGGCAGUGUUUCGCCACAGGAAGCAUGUCGUCUAGUUCAUUUCUGCUUCAGCGAGGAGGAAUACAAUGCAUUUGUGGCGCUGGUACAGGCCAAGCUGGAGAGUUCACAGCUGGCCCAGCCGGAGCAAGGACCGAUCUGCAUAAUAUGCGAGCUGCUUGUGACUAGAUUCGAGAAGCUGCUGGACACCAAAGCCAAACGGGCCCACAUACUGCAUUCAUUUCUUGUGACCUGUGAUUAUAUGCCCCAUUUUAUCCGAAAUCCAUGCCACAGCCUAAUUUAUGGCUACGGUGCCGCCGCCUUAGAUCUAAUUAGCAAAGUGAAGCCCGAGGAUGUGUGCAAUCACCUGCCGCGAUGCUCCAGUCAAACGAUCCAAGAUAGCAAUGAAAAUAUUGCACAAUAACUUAACAAUAAGAUAACCAAUAUUCCUAAUAUUUCCAUUAACAACAUAUUUUUUAUACUUUCUAAAUACCAUGCACAUAUUACCUUUUUAUAUAUAUCUACAC